UGAUGGAGCUAUUACCAGAAAACAACCAUGUCGACAAUGUAGUGAUUCAAGGACAUACAUUUGAAAAAGUGCAUCAAUUUAGAUAUCUGGGGGCCUCUAUCAGUGGUAAUAAUGACUGGUCCAUCGAAUUAAAUAGCCGAAUCAUCAAGGCAGAAAAGGCAUCAUUUUCGCUAACCAAAUACCUAAAAUCUAAACUGUUUUCUAGAAGAACCAAAGUACAUCUUUACACAGCGAUAAUUAGACCAACACUAACAUAUGGGUGUGAGGUAUGGCCUUUAACAUUCAAAAUGGAACAAAAACUUAUGUCGUUCGAAAACAAAAUACUAAGAAUUAUCUGCGGCCCAGUAUAUGACAACGACCUGGGGUGCUNGAGUACCAAGAAUAACCAACUUUGUAAAAACACAAAGAAUAAAAUGGUUUGGGCACGUGAUGAGAAGGUCAAACUCAGAUUACCUUAA